GACCAGAGCUUCAUUCAUCUUCUUUGGAAGAUUACGACAAGACAAACCCCCAAAACUAACCCCAUCUUCCCAUAUCAGGAAUCUCCCUUAUCUCUUUCUGGGAUUUGUUUUUCCCCCACCCAACACUCAUGGAGAUGGAAGCCUCUUCACCCAAUGAACGCCUUACUUUUGGGAAGAUGGGAUAUGGAUGCCAACAUUAUAGAAGGAGAUGCGAGAUUCGAGCUCCAUGUUGCAACGAGGUUUUCCCCUGUCGCCAUUGUCAUAACGAAGCUGUGAACCUGUUGAGUAACCCUUUUGAUAGGCACGAGCUUGUUCGACAAGAUGUUAAGCAAGUUAUUUGCUCGGUCUGUGACACAGAGCAGCCGGUUGCCCAAGCUUGUUCAAAUUGCGGCAUCAACAUGGGAGAAUACUUCUGCAAAAUUUGCAACUUCUUUGAUGAUGAUACUGAGAAAGGGCAGUUUCAUUGUCAUGAUUGUGGGAUCUGCAGAAUUGGUGGUCGAGAGAAUUUUUUUCACUGCAAGAAGUGUGGGUCUUGCUAUUCCGUUGCCUUGCGAGGUAAUCAUACUUGUGUGGAGAACUCAAUGCAGCAUCACUGCCCCAUCUGUUACGAGUACCUAUUCGAUUCGUUGAAGGAUACAACUGUGAUGAAAUGUGGUCACACGAUGCAUUGCGAAUGUUACCAUGAGAUGAUAAAGCGCGACAAGCAUUUUCCCCCCUCAGAUAUGUCCCGAACCUGGAAGAGGAUAGAUGAAGAGAUCGAAGCGACUCCAAUGCCCGAGGAUUAUCGAUAUAGGAAGGUUUGGAUCCUAUGCAAUGACUGCAACGACACCACCGAAGUUUACUUCCACAUAAUCGGACAGAAAUGCAGUCACUGUCAAUCAUAUAACACCCGAACAAUCGCCCCGCCAGAACUCCCUCAGUGAGGAUAUCGUGAUCGAAGAACCUAAGCCAAUGAGCUCGUGGUGUCGAAAGGUUUAGUUGUUAACCA